GCGUUCAACCUUGUCCGUCCGUCGCAGCUGUUCAGGGAGGGCAUCGCUCUUGGCUGCCAGUCCAAGGUGAUGUUCAUGCUGCUGCGGAUGUAUCGUCUUCCGCGUCGACUUAAGGGGUAUGGCACUUUCUCCGAGCCGCUGCAGGGAGACUCGCGCAUCCUGGGCUCCUGCUUCAAUGAAAAGAAGCCUGGCGUUGUCGUGGGCACGCAGUCUACCAAGCGGCUGGUCAAGGGCUCCAAGUUUCG